CGACGAUGUCUUCGUUCAAGAGGAAAGCGGCCACGAAACAGUCCACUCUUCCUCCAGGCUGUCGGAUCUCCCCCUCUUCCCCAUCUACCGUCAUCACAUCUACAGGGAUACCGUCACUCGAUGACAUCUUGGGAGGGGGGCUGCCCCUGUCCUGUUCUCUGCUCGUCCUAGCGCCCGAUCCCCACUCGGCGUACGGCGAGCUGGUGCAGAAGUACUUUAUCGCGCAGGGGCUCGCAUGCGGGCAGACCGUGUGCGUCAUCGACGAUGACGCCGAGGCGUUCGUGGCCGAGUGCAUGUGGACGCCGUCCGCGUCCGCGCCAUUCUCGCACGCCCCAGCACAAGUAGCGGACGACGAGCGCGCGGAAGACGCGACGGGCGAGGACGCGCAGAUCAAGAUCGCGUGGCGCUACGAGCGCAUGGGCAAGUUCCAGACGACGGUCGGGCCAUCCUCGACCUCGACCUCGACCUCGCCGUCGUCCACCGCCUCGAACCCAUCCUCCGACGAGUUCUGCCGCACGUUUGAUCUCACUUGUCGCGUGCCCCGCGUUGUCCUCGAGGCCGCGAUGGGCGCGUCGCGCGUGCGGCCGAUCCCUGUGUCCGUGUCCGCGUCCGAUGCGGACGCGAGUGAGCGGCCGGGCACUCUGGCGGGGCCGCGGAUCGCGCACCUCGUGCAUACGCUCUCUGCGCUCCUGGAGGCAUCGUGCUCGCCCAUGUCCCCCGUGCGGAUAUGCGUCCCUGCGCUCGGAUCGCCUCAAUGGGGAGACCUCGAGGCUCAGGACAUCCUGCGCUUCUUGCAUUCGUUGCGUGCGCUCCUCCGCCGCCACCCGUCCGCGUGCGCCGCGAUCGCGCUUCCGCCCGACAUCUCCGCCGACGGGUGGGGCGGCCCGGGAUGGGUACAAAAACUCGGCUGGCUGUCCGAUGCGUCGAUCACGCUCGCAGCAUUCACGGCCGACCCCGCGCUGUCGGCGAUGUUCCCUGCGCACCACGGGCUGCUGCACAUCCACGGGCUGCCGGCGCCGCACACGCUGUUGCCGCCGAGCGACCGGUUCUCGACGCUGCGGGGGAUCGCGCUGGCGUCGGGGGCGUCGGGCGGGGGCGAGAACAACCUGGCGUUCAAGUGCAUGCGCAAACGGCUGGUUUUCGAGACGCUGCAUCUGGACGUCGAGGGCGGCGUGGGAGAGCGGCGCACGACCCCGGCGGCGCGCGCGGCGGCGUUGGACGAGGCGCUCGUGCAUGGGCACGACCACGACCACGACCACGACCACCGGGGACACGCGCACGCCGAGGGGCCGGCGGCGGAAUCGCAGGCCGAGAGGGCCGCUGGGGCGAGGGUGGAAGUAAAAUUUGAAGAGGCAAAGAAGGAAUCGGAAGCGGGGGAGGGGGAUCAGCCCCAGGGGAGGGCGAAGGCGAAGGCGAAGAAAAAGGUGGCGUUUCGGACGGACAGGCCAGACUUGUAUGACUUUUGAUAUGGUGAUGGUAGUGUGACAGGCGCGUGAGGGAGGAGGCACUAAGCUAUCUGUCGAUCGGCCGGGAAAAUGAAGGCGAGUCCGGGCGAGUCCAGACGUGGGCGUGAUCAGUCACGGUGCAUGAAGCUCAGGAUAGGGCGACGGCGAGGGAGGGGCGGAGACGGACGAGGAGGAGAGAGAUCCGUAGUUCCGCCAGACGGAGUGGCGGGUGUGAGUGGGCCGCGCUGCUGCUGCGGGCGGGUGCUCGGAGGUGCUUGGGGAGUGUCUGGGCGAUCAGAAGGAGAGAUCGCGCAUUGAAUAAUGGAGGGAUAGGGAUAGCUGCGUUGCCAAGGGACUAAAUGGUCGGAGGCUAGCGGAGCGAGAGAUUGUAAGGCGAGAGGUUUUGUCAGUGGUGAGAGGAUUGAUGGGAACAUCGUCCCUGCCCACAGCUCGCCAUCAGAGUAUCAGCGCUUGAGCACUGGAUUGAGGGUUCGGGUCGAGAUGACGCACGCACUCGCGAUGGAUAAAGCGAGGGGGUGGAGGACGAAGAGCGUGUGCAGCGACCUGAGCGUGUAUAGCGAGGAGCCGAGUACGCCGCUUGCGUCGAGGAUGUUUGAGCGAGAGAAGCAGCUGGGAGCGAGGCCGGGUGGA